AACCCAAAUACAUCAAGAAGAGACCAUGAGAAGGUACAUCAUCUGCGCGUCCAUGCUAUUGGGCGUCCUGGGUCUGGCGCUGGCUGGCCAAAGACCCAUCUCCGAUUGCGGCGAACGCAUUGAGGACGAUGGCUAUCCCAUGGAGCGGCACACGGUUGUCACGGAGGACAACUACAUUUUGACCAUGCAUCGCAUACCCUACUCCCCGAAGACCGGUUUCACUGGUCAGCGACCGGUUGCCUUUCUCAUGCACGGCAUGUUGAGUUCCAGCUCCGAUUGGGUGCUGAUGGGUCCGGGCAAGGCGCUGGCCUACAUUCUAUCUGAUGCCGGCUACGAUGUCUGGAUGGGCAAUGCCCGUGGCAAUACGUACUCGAAGGCGCACAAAUAUUGGCCCACAUUCUGGCAAAUCUUCUGGAACUUCAGCUGGAACGAGAUUGGCAUCUACGAUGUGCCCGCCAUGAUUGACUACGCUCUCGAUGUGACCGGUGAGAAACAGGUGCAAUAUGUUGGACACUCUCAGGGCACCACUGUCUACCUGGUCAUGAUGUCCGAGAAGCCCGCCUACAAUGACAAAAUAAAGUCCGCCCAUCUGCUGGGACCUGCCGCCUAUAUGGGCAACAUGAAGAGCCCCUUGACCCGUGCCUUUGCCCCCAUUUUGGGCGUGCCCAAUGCCAUUGUUGAGCUCUGCGGCUCCAUGGAGUUCAUGCCCAGCAACAAGUUUAAGCAGGAUAUGGGCAUCGAAAUGUGCCAGGCUACCUCACCUUAUGCCGAGAUGUGUGCCAACGAGAUCUUCCUGAUUGGUGGCUACGAUUCCGAGCAACUGGACUAUGAUCUGCUGGAGCAUAUUAAGGCUACUUCGCCCGCCGGCGCCUCGGUUAAUCAGAAUCUGCACUUCUGCCAGGAGCACAACUCCGGCAAGUUCCGCAAGUUCGACUAUUCCGUCAUUCGCAAUCCCUACGAGUACGGCAGCUACUAUCCUCCCGAGUACAAGCUAAAGAACGCCAAGGCUCCUGUCCUGCUCUACUAUGGUGCCAACGACUGGAUGUGCGAUCUGAGCGAUGUCCGGAAACUGCGCGAUGAGCUGCCCAACAUGGCACUGGACUAUCUGGUGCCGUUCGAGAAAUGGGCACAUUUGGAUUUCAUUUGGGGCACCGAGGCCAAGAAAUACGUUUACGAUGAGAUUCUCAGCCAGAUGUCCAACUACGAAUAAGCUCUUUAUUUAUUUUGGAACUGCACAAUAAAUUCGAGCAAUAA